ACAUCCCAUUAUGGAAAAAAGAAACCCAAUUUCGUAUGUAUGGUGUAUUUCUAGCAAAAAAUAAAAGUCAAGGUUGUGAAAAGGAGCCUUAGCAUUUUACUAUAUAAACUUUGAAAAAGAGUAAAUCUGUGGAGCCAAAAACAAAAUUCAAAUAUCACUCAUAUUCAACAGGCGGAACAAAGCAGCUUUUAAAUUGAUAUACUCUUUUGUUGCCGUCACUAAUUACCAUCAUAUCUCGCAAGAGAAAGCUUUAUUCAAGUUCUUAUUUUUGAGGAUCGAGAGAUGAGAAAGAUUAUGGUAUGAAUCUCUUGUGUUGAUUAAGAGAAAACAGAUCAUCAAAAGCAUCUCCGGUACCUCUUUCGCUAAGAAAUUCGACAAAAUAUCUAUGUCUCGGCUUGUAAACCAGUCGUCUCUCGAUGAAAAUAUUGCAAUCUAUUUACAAUAUGAGUUAUCAGAACUGACGGUUAAUGAUUAUGUUAUUGGUCGGGAGAUUCAACAACAAUAUCAAAAUAAAUUUAUAUGUAAUGAUGCUGCUAUUGCUUUAGAGAUGCAGCAAGAAGAAGUUGCUUGUGUGCACUCUUGCCUACAUGAUGAUGAAGGAUUGGCAAGAACGUUGCAAGACUUGGAGGGUAAUCUGCAGCCCUCUCUAAGCGAUGAUGAAAAACUUGCUAGAUAUUUGCAAGAACAAGAUGAAUCGGCAAAUAAUACGGACGAUGAUAUUCAAGAAACCCAUCACCAUCAUUACCAACCCAUGCAAGUGAAUCGUUCAUACAUACCUCAACGUGAUGCUCCAUCGACUAGUAGAGCCUUUUUUGACUAUGACGAUGGUGAGAACUUCUCGGGCCAUCAUACCCAUAUUCGUAGUCCUUCUAAUAUCUCCCACAAUCCUCCAGAUAAUGAGAACAUUGAUCCCGCAAGUAUGACGUAUGAGGAAUUAUCUGAAUUAGAAGACUCGAUUGGAGAUGUCAGUAAAGGAUUAUCGCAAGAGAGAAUCUCUCGAUUAUCGACUCAUAAGUAUGGUACUAAAACCAAAACUUGGUCCUGUUGGCUUAAGAAAAAGAAGUUUGUUGCCGAUGAUUCUCAGUGUUCGAUAUGCUUAGUGGACUAUGCGGAGGGAGAUAAGAUCACAACUUUGCCAUGUAAACAUAUUUACCAUAAAGAUUGCAUUUCACAAUGGCUGAAACAAAACAAGGUAUGCUGCGUUUGCAAAGCCGAGGUUUAUCCAUAAUACUAAAUUUCGUCGGACCAACAAUCUAUAAUGCUCGGUUUAGAAUUUUUUUUAAAGUUAUCGUUCAAUCAUUCAUCCUAUAUUUUUAAAGUAUCACCAUUAACUAGAUGAAAACU